GCUGGGAUAUCGGAGGACUUUGCUGUGGCGGUGUGAUGGCCGCUGUGCUGUAGGUUGGAAGCGAGUGUUAAAUAUACAGUUCCUUAACAACAACUACAACUGAGUCAGGAUUAGGGUGCCAAAGUCAGUGCAGGGUGCCAGCAUGUGGCACGAAGCCCGGAAGCAUGAGCGAAAGCUGCGUGGGAUGAUGGUGGAUUAUAAGAGACGGGCUGAGCGCCGCAGGGAGUUCUAUGAGAAAAUUAAAAAGGACCCUGCGCAGUUCCUGCAGGUCCAUGGGCGGGCCUAUAAAAUCCACCUGGACUCUGCGGUGGCCCUGGCUGCUGAGAGCCCGGUCAACAUGAUGCCUUGGCAAGGGGAUGCAAACAACAUGAUAGACCGCUUUGAUGUCCGAGCGCACCUGGAUUACAUCCCCAAGUACACUCCACCUCUCUUAAACACUGUGAGCUCGGAGCAGGAGUCGGACGAGAGGAAGUGUAACUAUGAGAGAUACAGAGGGCUGGUGCAGAACGACUUUGCAAGCAUCUCUGAGGAGCAGUGUCUGUACCAGAUCUACAUGGACGAGCUCUACGGGGGGCUGCAGAAACCCAACGAGGAGGAGAAGAAGAAGCUGGCUGAGAAGAAGGUGUCAAUUGGGUAUACCUAUGAGGACAGCACUGUGACUGAGGCAGACAGCCCGUCUGAUAAGGGGGAGGGGGAGGACGAGGACGAGGACAACAGCGAGACGGACGAGGACGAAGAAAUCCCUGACAUCGAUGUGGAGGUGGAUGUGGAUGAGUUGGCUGAGGAGCAGGUGCUGGAAGUGAACAAGCUGGCCACCUCCUAUGGCAUGGCAGAGGGAGACUUUGUCAGAAUGCUUCGGAAAGACAAACAGGAGGUUGAAGCAAUAAAACAUGCUAAAGCCCUGGAGGAGGAGAAAGCCAUGUACUCAGGUCGGCGGUCCCGUAGACAGAGACGGGAGUUCAGGGAGAAGAGGCUGAAAGGCAGGCAGAUCAGCCCCCCCAGCUAUGCCAGAAGAGACAGCCCAACCUACGAUCCCUAUAAAAGGUCUCCGUCCGAGUCGAGCUCAGGGUCCCGCUCCAGGUCUCACACCAACAGCCCUAGCCAGGAGGAGAAGAUCACCUUCAUCACCAGCUUCGGGGGCAGCGAUGAGGAGGGAGCCCCCGGGAGAGCAGCCUCCACCGCAGCCUCCAAGCACAGCCCUGCCUCUGCCUCUGCCUCUACGGCAGCCUCAGCCACAGGUCAUAGCCGCUCCUCCCGGCGACGCUCUACCUCCUCUUCCUCGUCCUCUUCCUCCUCUUCCUCGUCCUCGUCUUCCUCCUCGUCCCGCUCGAGGUCAGGCUCCAGGUCGCGGAGAGGUCAGCGCAGGACUGGCCGGUGCAGUCGCUCGCGGUCUCGCACACGCCGCAGGUCUGACUCAGACAGCAGGGGGCGCCGGUGCUCUCGAUCGCACAGCCGGGGGAGGCGGUACUCUGGGGGGAAACGAACGCAAUCACGCUCACGGACACGAUCCCGCUCCACAGACAGGGUGCGAUACUCCUCCUCCCGCAGACGCACCAGGUCCGCAAGUCGAUCUCGCUCGGUGGAUCGGUAUCGCAGGGGGGGGCUCAGCAGCGGCGGGGGGACCAGGCAUCACAGCAGCAGCCGAAGUGAGAGCCAGUCAGCCAGCCGCUCCCCCUCCCCCUCCCCUUCCCCCCCCAGCAGAAACAAGAGCAGACAGCCUGCUGCAUCGCCCGGCAUCGGGGACAAACUGAGAAAGGCUGAAACUCCUGGUGGUAAAGAGUCUGGAGCUGCCAAAUCGAAGCUGACCCCCCAGGAGAGGCUGAAGCUCCGCAUGAACAGGGCGCUUAACAGACAGCUUAAAGCCGAUAAGAAGGCUGCUCAGGAGAAGAUGCAACAGCAAGAGCACGAGAGACAGGAGCGCGAGGAUGAGCUGAGGGCCAUGGCUCGCAAAAUCAGGAUAAAGGAGCGGGAGAGGCGAGAGAAGGAGAGGGACGAGUGGGAAAGACAGUACAGCAGACAGAGCCACUCUCCUUCUAGGUCACCCAAGCACAGUCGUGAGCACGGUUCGUCUAGAAGGCGUUCCCGAUCCCGCUCUAGAAGCCCACACUACCGAUACUGAACUGCCACAGAGCGCUGUUUAAUACAGGACUAUCGCCAUUGUCUCUUUCCAAGAGAUAAAGUAACAACCACUUUGAAUUACACCGUCUGAUCAAUUUUGCUAUUCUGUAAAGCCGUGCUGUUCUGCGCUUUGCACUUGCUUUUUCUGUUUUGCUGCUAUUGCGCAGUGCAUACCGCUAAGAAACCCCCAAGUGGUUUGAUAAGAAGUGUGAAAGCAAAAGGUUUGUUGUACAGUAGACUCCUCGCUGCGACCACCUUCUGAACCUCUGCUCACACCGGAUCAUCAGAUACUCAGUCGAGCUCCCACGAAAAAGUCUUCAUUUUAUAACCCAAGUUUCCUGAUACUGUAGAGCAGUUUUACAGUCACUUGGACUAAACCGCGAUGGUUGAGUCACACACACAGAGAGAGGGAGAGCGCGCACUAAAAUGUGCUUGAUAGUUGCCACAUAACCGUCAACUUCCACUGUAGCUGCUUCUAUCGCUGUGCUGUUCAGCGUUUCCAUUUGCUUCAAUGACGCAUUCUGGGCAGGAUGUUGUAAACAGCUGUUGGGAGGCUCCUCGUUGCAGUGGUCUUAUGGGAUUCUUGACCCUGCGGCAGCUGCCUGGCCCCUGUUGCUUAUUAAAGGUGUACGAGGCUCGUUCAGCAUGCUGUCAGGGCUGGACUGACCUUUUAGCCCAGAUGCUAGUAAGUGUGACUGAAUUAGGGGGUGCACGGCGCCCCAUAUAGGCCACAGAGGGAGUUGUGGCAGUCAUGCUAUUUCAGUGCUUUUGUAUAACUCUAGAAAUACCUUUUCACAGUUUAGUCCCCAAGUGGCUUCUUAAGCACAGUGUACUACUGGCAGCAUGAUAUACAUGAGCCUCGUGAUCCACUGCACAGUAUGAGGUGGAUCAAUGUGCUAACGUCACAAUACAUAUGGGCUACUCUGUAUGACCUGUAAUGAGAUACAUCACAGUGGGUAAAGGGCUCUGAUUUUCUUCUCCUCUUCAUAGGCGUAAUCAGUUACUUUUGAGUGGAAUGGGAUUCUUAAUUGACCUGCAGACAGGUGUAGGAGAAGUAGACGUUUUCUCAGCUGUGCUGUGAUUGAGUUCUGUAUCCCGAUACCAUGUGAUGGGCAAGACUGUAAAUCUACCUUUAGUGGAAUAAGGACAUUUUCAAUCUUCUGUGUAAAUGGCAUUUUUAAACUAUCAAAUCCAGUACAUGUUCAAUAAAAAGUACACUAUUCACUCGUA